UAUUACAGAUUAAAAAGACUACCGGAUUAUCAUUCACUCCUAAUUACAAAAAUUUUCAUUCAAUCAGUCAGUAACCGAACUUCGCCGAGUUUGUUUAUUUUACGAAUUUAAUUUCUUUAGAAAAGAAAGUAAAUAGGCAAUAAUAAUAUGUCUUCACCGACAGAAGAAAGCGUACGGCGCAACAGCGAAAGCGAAGGUGGCGAAGCUGAGACGCCGGAGCAUGAUCCUCAUUUUGAUCCCAUCGUGUCGUUACCUCUCGUCGAUGUCCACACGAAUGAAGAGGAAGAGGAGGAACUCGUGAAGAUCCGCGCCAGGCUUUACAGAUACGAUACUGGAGACCAUGAAUGGAAGGAAAGGGGCACGGGUGAUAUCAAACUGCUUCGUCACAAAGUGAACAAUACAGUCCGAGUGGUGAUGAGACGUGACAAGACUCUGAAAGUGUGUGCGAACCACUUCAUCACACCAGAUAUUAGGAUGAAUGUCCACUGCGGUUCUGAUAAGGCCUUCAAUUGGUCUGUUUUUGCGGAUUUUGCUGAUGAAACCAUGAAACAGGAACUAUUGGCCAUCAAGUUUGGAAAUGCUCAAAAUGCAGAGCUUUGGAAGACAAAAUUCGCAGAGGCUCAAGAGAUUGUAAGAACAAAAUGCAGUAUUUACACACAGGAUCUGUCUUCGGAUGAUGAGAGCAGCAUUACAAGAAGCGAGGACACUGAUUCUCCGGAGCCCAAGCCUAAGACUUUGGAAAAGGAUGCCAAAAAUGACAAAGAAGAAGUCGAGUCCGAUGGUGUAGUCUUAAAAUUGAAGGAACUGAAGGUAGAGGGUGCGGAAUAAAUUUCAUUAUAAUUUUAACAUAUUAAGAGGCCAAUAUGUAAUUUGAUGUUGUCAGACAACUACAGAAUGACUUGUUUAUGAUAUGUAGUACGCACUGGUGAGGCUGGAAAUUCAAGUAAUGCAUUAAGCAAUACAUUUAUGGACUGAAUGAACUAUCGUUAACACGUAAAGUCCAUUGUAAAUGUAUUGAUUAAACUACUUGGGUUCGUCUGUUGAUGAAGAGACCGAAAUUAUAAUGAUUUAGGGCCGAUUCACCUGCACCGAUUAGGUUUCUGUAAGCAUAAAGCACCAAGUUCACACAUUUCAUACAAAAGAUAUAUCAUGUUAAAUGAUGCGUCUCUGAUAAGGGUAACUCAAAUGUCUAGCCAAUACAGUAGAACUCCAAUUAUCCGAACUCCGACUAUCCGAAUCGCCGAUUAUCCGAAUCACAAAAAUUCUCCAAAAAAAGUCUAAGUGCGCUAUUAUUCUCCCCCCCCCCCCCCGCGUAGCCGUUGUGCCUACACUGACUUACCCCCGCAAUUUAAUUCAAUAAAAAAAUAGUGCAAUAUCAAAACGUACCUUUUAUUCUCUUCAAUCGCAAUUUAAAAAAAAAAUCCGAUUAUCCGAAUAUUUGAUUAUCCGAAUGGGUCCCGGUCCCCAUUAAUUCGGAUGAUUGGAGUUCUACUGUAUUUAAAUAGGCUAUGAAGUAUUGGCUCUAGUACUACAUAUUAUACACCAUCAGGUGCAAUCAUUUACCAGUCAUUCUGUGUAUUUUAACUAUAGUGAUGCAUUUACAAUAAAUCUAUAUUUUUUCUUUUAAUGGCUAGUGAUAAUAUUGUAUGAUUGUUUUAUUUCAAUAUUAUAUUGGACUUAUACUAAUAUGUUACUGGCAACUCUUCACAUUCGAAUGUUAUUUACGCUUAAUGUAAAUAUUUGCAAUUUGUUCCAUUUUUACUGUUGGCAAUACUAUAAAAUGAUGUUUUUUUAGCUUGAAAUGAACGUUCGAUUUAGGAUUUGAUAUUCCAUAGAAGCUCGAAUAUAGUAAUAUGUAUGAUAAUAAUAAUUAGUAAUUAUUAAUGUUAGUAUCUAUAUGUAAGGUUGUGUUUUAAGUGGAGCAUUAUUAUAUUGACAUUAGAGAUGGCUGAUUUUUGGAUAAAUAAGUGAAAACGGAUAUUUACUUAGUAUUUAUCCAUUUUGAGUAUUUCUCUAAUAAAUCUCCCAUCUCUAAUUGACGCAUUUAGUUUAUUUCAAAUUGUUCCUCUUACUAUAUCCGUUCCAAUAAUGAGACUCUGUAAUUUUUCUAUUUCUUUAAAGAUUUUCCUUUUUAUACUAAAAUAUUGCUCCACUUGAGAUUUAUAAUAAUGUUUACAUGUCGUCAUGAACAUUACAUAUCAAUUUUACUGUUGUAACUUUGUUUGUGUCGGGGGUAUAGUUCUUGUAUUAUUCAUAUGUUGAUAUGAAUUGCUUACCAUGUCUUAGAUUCGCAUUCUUAUUUCUAAGUAGAGACAGGGUACUGUGCUUGUUGUUAGAUGAAAAUUUUUGUUCUUCGCUCAUUAAUUCGCGUGUAAUUUGUGUAAAAUAUUGCAAGGAAUUGAUAUGCUUUAAAUGUAAGUAGAUAGUCAAUGAAAAUGCCUAGUGUAUGGCAAUAGGCUCGCUUCUAUUAACAUAGCUGGAGGAUCAGGUGUUACAUUUGUUUUGUACAUUGUACACCUCUGCCUAUCCCUUUGGGGAAAGGCGUAAUUUUAUUUGUUAUUAUGUAGAAGUUAUUUAAAUGUCUAGCUAGCUAGCUUUUCAGUAACUUUGAAAUUGAAAGUAUGAAAAUCACCUCAAAAGCUUAAACUAUAAAGUUGUUUUAAAGUUGUCAAUGCAGACAUGUACCCAAUAGUUUUCUAUACUCUUGACACGUUAACAUUCAUCCAUUAUACUUUCACUAUGUAAUAGUUAAUUAUAUUUUUACAUGUAUGUACCGUUGCCAUUUUGUCGAUAGUUUUUGCGUCCUACAUCCAAUUGUUACAUUCCAAUUUAAUAUUGUGUUGUAAUAAAAUAUAUCGCGGAAACUCUAUGACGAAAUCGGCUCGAAUUUAUAUUAUAAUUUUAUACAUUUCAAAUCUGAAUACAUAGACGGAUUUCAUGAA